AUGAGUACUGCUUCUACCUCAAACAUAGUCGUAUCAGAAGAUACACCUUUGGAACAGGAAGAAACCCGUAAAGCUUCACGAAUGACGCUGAAGGAAGUGCAAAACGUUGUCGGCACAUGGAAGGAAAACCUGCACCCAGGUAAAACUUUUUCCCACGCUCCCGGCAAGGAUCUGUUGGUGUCGUCCGCCAAGCAACCGAGCGAACCGAAACGAAGCAAAAUGGUGGAACAGCUGACAAAGGCGACACAAACGACGUUUGAGGACGAACAAAAUUUGGUGGCUGAGAAGCCAAAUUCUGGCUACUGGGAGAAGGUGGCAGAAAAACGACGUCUUGCGCUGAAGGAAACGGUCGAAGAGAAUGCCCGGCUGCACAUGGAGUUGAGCGAAAAGACUGACGAAGUGAACGAGCUGCAGAGCGUUGUCGAGUCACUGAAGAGUUUAGUGGAAACGGUGGUAGAAAUGCUGAACGAGGAAACCGAAGCGAAGGCAAACAGUGAUACUACUCAAGUGGACGACAGCGGCAUAGCACAUUCCUUGGUGGAUGAUGAAGCAUGUAAUUAG